GACCUGCGUAUUCGGGUCCCAACAGGCGAGAGAUAAUUGUGUAGGUGCGCAGGCGACGUGGCAGAAUGUAAAUGCGUUAACGCCCAGGGUCGACAUUUUAGUCCAACUCUAACACCCGACCUGACGACAGAAAAAUGAUUCGUCAGAGAACUUCUAAGAACGAAGUUAUCAAGUAUGUUGUUGUGGACAAGAGUCCGGCGAAGUCUCAGUCGACAGACGGCAGUGGUUCGCCUGGGACUGGCACCACAGCUCCGACAACAACCGGACUUACAGAUAGACAGCAGCAAGACGUCUUGAACAAGGAUGUCACGCAGAAAGGACAACUUGGCUAUGAGAAGACGUCUCAGGGGCAACCCGAACACAAGACUCCAAAAUCUUACAAUGUGGCACCGGCCGCUUCACAUAAAGAAGAGCAACCGACCACGCCGUGGAAAGACACACGGGGUGCACGAUCCAAAGAUGCCUUGCAGGGAGUUCAAACACUCCUGAACGCUGAUCCAGGUUCUGCUAAUCCAAAUUCUGCUGAUCCAGGUUCUGCUAAUCCAGAUUCUGCCGAUCCAGGUUCUACUGAUCCAGACACAGGUUCAGAUCAAGAGGAAGACGCGGACACCUUGGCCUCCUCGGAAACCGCCUCCUCUGCUAUCAGUGACUUUGAAAUUCAGUUGGCUUCCGGCGACCCUGGGUUAGGUACAUUGAGAGUUAUCAUCUACAAACUGGACGACUCCGACGACCGCGAGGAUUCUGGCCAGGGGGACAGUACUAAGGAGGACACUGAACAAGGAAGCCAACAAUCACCCGGGCGUAAAGAGUCAGAAAACAUACAGGUCUUUGUUGGAAAGACGCAACAAACCAUUGCACCGAGCGGGGAAAAAUUGUCAGUCGACCGGAAGGCUCUGCCAUACCCUGGGAAGUACAGUCAGGAGGGCGAGGAAACAUCAAAUGGUCAGCAGGAUACAUCAGCGAGGCAAGGGGAAACGUUACACAGAGAGGGGGAGACAUCGAAGAGACAGGAGACACCUGGCAGACAAGAAGAGACAGCAGACAGGUUUGGGGAGACGUUAUUAGACAGCCAGGUGAAAACAAUACAGGAGGAUACAUCAGAUAAAAAGGAGACAUCACACAGGCACAAUGGAACAGCAGGCAGACAGGAGGAGGACAAAAGGCUGGUGGAAACGCCAAAGGAACAAGACAAAUCAACAGAAAAUGACGAAGAAACAACAAACCGACAUGAAGAAACAUCAAACAAAGAGGAUGAAACAUCGGGAAGACAGGAGGAGACAUUACAAAAGCUAGAGCAAGAUUUCAAGAAGUUGGAGGAAACAUAUAACAAGGCAAAAACAUCAGAUACGCAAGAGGAACCAUCCGAAAGACGGGAGGAAUCAUCUGACCAACAGGAGGAGACAUUAGAUAAACAUGAAGAGAUAUCUGACAGGAAGGAGGAGACAUUAGAUAACAGGAAUGAAACAUCUGACAAACAGGAGACAUUACCUAAAGGGAAAGAAACAUCUGACAAACAGGAGACAUUACCUAAAGGGAAAGAAACAUCUGACAAACAGGAGACAUCACCUAAAGGGAAAGAAACAUCUGACAAACAGGAGACAUUACCUAAAGGGAAAGAAACAUCUGACAAACAGGAGGAGGCAUUAGCUAAAGGGGAGGAACUGACAUCUGACAAACAGGAGGAGGCAUUAGUUAAAGGGGAGGAAGUGACAUCUGACAAACAGGAGGCAUUAGUUAAAGGGGAGGAAACAUCUGACAAACAGGAAACAUUAGCUAAAGGGAAAGAAACCACUGACAAACAGGAGGAGACAUUAGCUAAAGGGGAAGAGAUAUCUGACAAACAGAAUGAGACAUUAGCUAAAGGGGAGGAAACACCUGACAAACAGGAGGAGACAUUAGAUAGAGGGGAGGAAACAUCUGACAAACAGAAUGAGACAUUAGCUAAAGGGGAGGAAACAUCUGACAAACAGGAGAUAUUAAAUAAAGGGGAGGAAACGUCUGACAAACGGGAGGAGACAUUAGCUAAAGGGAAAGAAACAUCUGACAAACAGAAGAAAUUAGCUAAAGGGGAGGAACCAUCUGACAAACUGGAGGAGACAUCAGAUAAAGGGAAAGAAACAUAUGACAAACAGGAGGAGACAUUAGCUAAAGGGGAGGAAACAUCUGCCAAGCAGAAGAAGACAUUAUCUAAAGGGGAGGAAACAUCUGACAAACCGGAGGAGACUUUAGCUAAAGAGGAAGAAACGUCUGACAGACAGGAGGAGACAUUAGAUAAUGGAGAGGGUACAUCCGAUAGACAGGUGGAGACAUCUGACAAACAGAAGGAAACAUUGCAUAAAAUGGAGGAAAUAUCGGACAGACAGGAGAAAGCAUUAGGAAAGCUAGAGGAGACACUGGGAAAGCUGGAGAAAAGCUUUGAGAAAGAAGACGAGACGUUUGGCAGCAUGGAGGGCAUUCUAAAUGAGCAAGAAGAAACACUACAAAAGCUGGAGGAUACAUUCAACAAGGAAGAGGAGACAUUGGACAAAAUGGAAGAGAUCAUAGAUGGGCAGGAAAAUACACCAGACAGAGAGGACGGGGCAACAAAGAAGAAAGAGGAAAUACCAGGCAAACAAAAUAGAGAUGUCAAGGGAGACGUUUCAAGUACUAAGAAGAAAAUACCAGAGGUGCAAGAGGAGAUCUCAGACAAGCAAGCAUUAGAAAAACAGAAACCACCAUCAGACAAGCGAGAAGAAGCAAAGGACAUGAAGAAAUCAACGGGCAAAGAAGCGAGAAAAUUGGUUGGAAGGGAAGAUAUAUCCGAUGGUCGGGAAGAAAUGGCUAACAGAAAGAAUGGCCCAACAGGUAGCCAAAAGAGAUGUCAGGACAGGGAUGGUGAGACAUCAGACAGGCAGGAGGAGACAUCAGACAGGCAGGAGGAGACAUCAGACAGGGAUGGUGAGACAUUAGACAGGCAGAAGGAGACAUCAGACAGGCAGAAGGAGACAUCAGACAGGGAUGGUGAGACAUUCGACAGGCAGGAGAAGACAUCAGACAGGCAGGAGGAGACAUCAGACAGGCAGGAGGAGACAUCAGACAGGGAUGGUGAGACAUUAGACAGGCAGAAGGAGACAUCAGACAGGGAUGGUGAGACGUCAGACAGGGAUGGUGAGACGUCAGACAGGCAGAAGGAGACAUCAGACAGGCAGAAGGAGACAUCAAACAGGGAUGGUAAAACAUCAGGCAAGCAAGAAGAGACAACAGACAGGGAUGGUGAGACAUUCGACAAGCAAGAGGAGACAUCAGACAGGGAUAGUGAGACAUUAGACAGGCAGGAGGAGACAUCAGACAGGGAUGGUGAUACAUCAGACAGGCAGGAGGAGACAUCAGACAGGGAUAGUGUGACAUCAGACAGGCAGGAGGAGACAUCAGACAGGGAUGGUGAGGCAUUAGACAGGCAGAAGGAGACACCAGAAAGGGAUGGUGAGACAUUAGACAGGCAGAAGGAGACACCGGAAAGGGAUGGUGAGGCAUUAGACAGGGAUGGGGAGACAUCAGACAGGCAGGAGGAGACAUCAGACAGGGAUGGUGAGGCAUUAGAAAGGCAGAAGGAGACACCAGAAAGGGAUGGUGAGACAUUAGACAGGCAGAAGGAGACACCAGAAAGGGAUGGUGAGGCAUUAGACAGGGAUGGUGAUACAUUCGACAAGCAAGAGGAGACAUCAGACAGGGAUAGUGAGACAUCAGACAGGCAGGAGGAGACAUCAGACAGGGAUGGUGAGGCAUUAGACAGGCAGAAGGAGACACCAGAAAGGGAUGGUGAGGCAUUAGACAGGGAUGGUGAGACAUCAGACAGGCAGGAGGAGACGUCAGACAAAGAAGAGGAGGAGGCAUUACAACAAAGGAUGGAAGAAAAGAGACGACUUUUUGAAGAAUAUGGUAUAUUUGAUGACAGCGAUGUCGAUGAAGAAGAUGUACUAGACGAAAAUCAGUCAGACACUGAACAGGAUGAUGCUACCGUGGAAGGCGCCGUAUCUGAGAUAACUGAUGAUGAACCUGACCAAACAAGUGGAGAAAAUGUUGCGAUACAAGAUGAAGAAGCCCGGAGACAGCUAUUUGAAGAGUACGGCAUAUUUGAUGACGACGAUAACGUCACGACGCCUGAAAGUGACGCAGACAUAGCCGAUAUCGUCCAUCCGGAUCACGGAGCAUCGGCUCAGCUGCACAGUAUACCAGAGGAAGAGCCUGCUCAAGAUGUUGAAGAGGAUAUCACAAUAUCUCCACAGGAAACACCUUUAGACGCUCCUUCUGAAGAUACGCCCGCUGCAGAAAAUGGCGACAAAGUUUCCCCAGACGUCACAACUCACGGGCCGCAGCAACCAACUACACAGGACACCAUGUUGGAAGAAGCUGUUAGUACCGACGAUAGCGACGUGGACGAGAUUUUGCGAGAGGUCGGUGCCCUACACCAAGCUCUGGAGGUCGAAGAAUCACUAGCGGAAUUCGAUACGGCCAUUGAUGAAGCAGAGAAACUAUCCCCGGAUAAGGAGGGUCACAUCGCCGGCAGUACCGCUGUACCAGGCUCUCAAAGUGACACUUUUGAAGAGUUCUACCCACAGUUUCAUUACCCGAUCUCUCCCUUUGCUGAAAAUGCUGAGCAGGGUUUAUCGUAUUAUCUCAGACAGCAAAGUUCCUCCGCCAGCCCACGUAAUGGCGAGGGGAAGUCUGAAACAACAGGAACACCCGAAAUGACGUUAGAAGCAACACCAAGUGACACCGGGCAUGGUAGACCAAUGGAAGAAAAAGUUGGACAUGUUGACACCGGGUUUGGAACGCCGAAGGUCGACCAGCCCUCAGCUUCUGAACCUUGGCCAGGAGCAAGUGUGGUGGACACAAGGAAAGCUCAAUUACCGGGCCAAACCGACGUCCACUCGUUAGGUCCAGACAGCGACAAGACGCGUGGAAGUGGUCCUGACCUGUGGGCCUCUGGGAAAGUGGGCAAAAUGGGCAGAAUAACAAGAAAGAAAGGGAAACAGAUUACAGAAGAGCUGAGGCACAGAUUCGAAGAGGAUGAAACCGAAGGCCAAACAGACGAAAAUGCACCUUUGGUACAAGACAAGUCAUCACUGACACACGAUCCUAAUGUAGAAUUCGCACUGCAAGAAACUGGUGGGAAUAAUGACAUGUCUGAAACGUCGGCGUUACAACAACCAGGGGGCCCGGGAACGAGCAAGAAAGCGGAGGGCAGUACGGAGUCGACAAAGCAGCCCUCGGUGUCACAAUCGAAGAGUAAAAACAAUGGCAAUGAAGACAAAGCAGAGGGCGGUGACCAGACAGCAACGCAAGACGUCCAUCCACCGGGCCGACCCGGCAGCCGCUCAGCCGGUCCAGACGCUGACGGGACGGACGGAAGUGGACCCGAAAUGUGGGCUUCUGGGAAAGUGGGCAAAAUGGGCAGAAUAACAAGAAAGAAAGGGAAAAGAAUUUCGGAGGAGCUGAAGCACAGAUUCAAAGAGUAUGAAGCCGAACAACAACGGUACGAACCUUUGGCACAGCCCGAUGAAUUACAAAAACAUGAUCCUGAAGUGGACGUAACAUCGCAAGGUCUUGAAGAUGGCAGCGAGGAAGCGGCUGAUGGAAACCGUGACAUGCCUGGAACGGUACCGUCCGUCUCACAACCAGAGGGUACGAGCAGGGGAGCGGAGGGUGGUCUCGAGUGGGGAACGCAGCCAUCGGUUUUACAACCAAAUGAUCAAAACAAAGACACUGAAGACAAACUAGAUGGUGGUAACGUGUUGGCGACGCUAUCGUCGACGUCACGACACAAAGACACCGUCGAAAAAGCUGAAAUUGCUGAUGCGUCGGCGUCACAACGAGAAGAUAGCAACAAAGAAACUGAAGAAGGAGAACCUGUGGUUGGUGAUGAGUCAAGAACGUUAACGCUGCCGUCGACAUCACAUCCAGAGGAAGAGGGUAACAGCAAAGACACCGUCUCUGAAGAAGGAGCCGUCGGUGAAGAGUCGUCAACGUCGUCGUCAGAACACCCGGAAGGUAGCGACAAGGGUAAAGAAGAGCAUUCCGUGUCCGCCAGAACGUCCCUGGGUCGCCGGUCUAGCAAGGAGACUCGUCGUGAGCGUAGGAAGAAGAGCAAGGAGAGUUCAGGAGAACCCACCACCUCAGAGGAGUCCCUGGAACAGAAAACGGUCCCUCAGCGGCCUGUCCGUCCUGAACGAAAACAUCUACAAGAAAAACAAUCAACAUUGUCGAAAGGCAAGACCAGGACCAAGUCGGAAAGGGAAGACGAUGAGGUUGAAGAAAGAAAGCGCGGGAAAGACAGCUUCUCAACCACAAGUGGAGACCAGUUUUCUGACGAAUAUACGGGUCCGCACAAGGCUUACAUGUCUCGUACGGAAAGGAAAAGACUGACUAACCAACGCAAGAAAGCGGAGCGCGACGCCAAGCGGCAAGAAGAAGCACUACACGCGGAUGCUGAGACGCCUGAAGAUGUCUCGCAGAAUGCGCCAAGCCAUUCCAACGUGGACGUCAACAAAGUCGUACCUGUUGGAGAAGAUGAACAGCUGAAUACCGUAGACACGACGGUUCCCGAUCCCCCGAUUGAUGACGAAAGCGAAUCGUCGGGGAGCAGUCGGACGAGACAGCGUUCCGUCAGUUCUUCGUCGCGUGACACAGAAACGUCUGGAGUCACUCCCGACCUGAGGGCGACAUCCACGGCACGUAAAGAGGCAGAUGCAUCCAGCGGUGAAGGCAAACGUGCAACACGUCCACGCACAAGGUCUAGGCAGCGUCAUAAACAUGAAAAGGACAAGCCCAAGAAAGGGGGACAAAAGACUACGUCUCGUCCAACCGAUGAUCCUGAUGGAAUUAACACGGGGCGGAAUUCACAAGGGGCAGCAAAGAAAGAAACUCUCGACGAAACGAGUCAGAGGAACCUGGUUCUUGGAUUGGGAAUACUUACUACACUACUGUUCGCUGCCUUUUUGUGGCUUCCGGCAUCCGCAUGGAUAUUAGUGCUAUUAUCAAAGGAACACAAAGAACAGUGAUACUUUCACAUCUGAAUGGGCCUGAAGUAAAGAUUUUCGGAAGGCCAUAAUGUAUUCACGGCUUGUUUCACACUGAGGGCACUGAGAUCCUAAGUUUAA